ACAAAGCCUAAAAAAACUCACUAUCACAGAGAAAUUGAACCCGUUGAGGUUGAGCUCAUAAACUUGAAAUUUAUUUUCUUGUUCUUAGAACAAGACUUGAAAUUUCAGAAACAGGACACUCAAGACAAAUGGGAAUCAGUGGAGACCCUCGAACAUUCAGGUAGGUUGUAGUGCAAAAUUAAGGAAGAAGGAAUGAGUGCAAGUAGUUUGGUUGCAGAUACAGUUUGGAAAACCAUUGAAUCAACCCAAUCAGUGACUGAGGAGCAGCUUUCAAUCUUGCAUUUCUUGUUUGGUAAGAAUCUUGAGAGGGCAACAAAGAUAGUGGAUCAGAGAGGUGUCAAAAAGAUCUCUGGUCAGCCCAGCGGUCGUUCCAUCUUUCAGGUGGUGGGAGAAUCACGGAGGAAGGAGGAGUAUUUCUGUUUUCCUGAACACUAUUGUGCCUGUUAUUCAUUUUUUUAUGACAUUGUCAACAGAGGAGAACAACUUUGUUGUAAGCAUCAAUUAGCUGCAAGACUUGCAGCAGCAUUAGGAGCGUUCAUUGAUGUUAAAGUGUCCGAUGAGCAACUGGCUCUCUUACUCAUCAAACUAUAACGUGUGGAGAUGGAAGGGAUCUGACUUUAAAAAAGAAGAUGUAUGGUCCAAGAGAAUUGUAGCAAAAGUUUUUAUUAAUUUCGUAGGCUUCUGACUUUGGAAGCAACUACCAGCAAUGAAAUUCUACAACUACUUCCGGGAGAUGAAAUAAUAGAUCACUAAUUCGGUUGAGCUUUGCAACUUACUGUACCACAAAAUCUUUCAGAAUUCCAUAAUCAGGUCUACUUCUCAACAAGCGAUGCAAUAUUAGCUUUGAUCCUUUACUGAUGCAACGAUGGCCAUACUCGGAACUCUGGCUCUGGUGCUGCAAACGAUUAUGUACAUUUCAGUCAAGAUCAAACAGGCUUUAGUAUAAUUUAGAUUUAGGAGACUCUGGCACCACAUUUCAUUUCAUUUUGAUCUUGAUUUAUAGAAAGUGUCAUUCCCCGUUGGCAUUCAUGGAUUACAUUAAAUUUAUGUCAUUCUUGUGUUGUCAUUGUAAACUCAAGAAUCUAACUUGUUUCCACGGUUUGAUCUUUUGGUAAUAUUUGCACCUUGACUUGAAA